AUGCCACGCAACCGCGGGGACAAGGGGACCCCGAAGGACACGGAGCCCCCGCAGAAGGGGAAAGGGACGGGGGAGGCGGGGGACAAGCCCCCCAAAGCCCCCGAGGACGGUGUCCCUCCGGCUCCCAAGAAUUCCGGCUCCGAGUCUCGGCAUGGUGGUCACGGGCAGAAGAGCGGGAAGAAGGGUUCUGGGGACCCCCACGCUGCUGCCGCCAAGACCUACUCCCCCUUCCUGAACACCGUCUUUGGCAAGGAGCGGGACCUGUCACCGGAAGAGCUGGAUGAGCUGCUGGAUGCCUUCAAGGAGUUUGACACGGACCAGGAUGGGUACAUCAGCUACAAGGACUUGGGUGAGUGCAUGCGCACGCUGGGCUACAUGCCCACCGAGAUGGAGCUCAUCGAGAUCUCCCAGCACAUCAAAAUGAGGAUGGGUGGUCGUGUGGACUUUGAGGACUUUGUGCAGAUGAUGGGGCCGAAGCUGCGGGAGGAGACAGCACAUAUGGUGGGCGUGAGGGAGCUGAAGAUCGCCUUCCGUGAGUUCGAUGCGAACGGGGAUGGAGAGAUCAGCACCGCAGAGAUGCGCGAGGCCAUCAUGGCGCUGCUGGGGGAGCAGCUCAAGGCACAGGAGGUGGAUGAGAUCCUGCAGGACGUGGACCUCAACGGGGAUGGACGUGUGGACUUUGAUGAGUUCGUUAUGAUGUUAUCAUCCCGAUAA